UAGUUGCGUUAAAAAACCCGAAUGGUCUGUACAGCGUUGGUGUCCGAAAGAAAAUUUUCGCUGAGAAAAUCAUUUUCUGGUUGUAGUGUUUGCGGGUUUUACAAUUUAAAUUGAAGUUUACUUCGAAUAUCUUUUUCUGAAAUAUACUUAUAUUAUUAAGUUUGAGAAUUUCGGGGAUAAUUAAAACGCAUCCGUUCCGUCAACUAUCGCUUGUUGCUGUUUUAUCGAAAGCUCAGAUUCGCCGCGCCCGCAUCGUACCGGUCAGACCAAAUAAAAAAAUCAACUUUUUCGUUUAGUUCUCCUUUUACAAGGAGCAGAUAAUUUUCAACACCAAAUCGUAAGUUACAAACGAACAUACGUUGAAAUGCCCGGAGCAGGCACUUUCAAAUUAUUUAUAGGGAAUCUUGAUGAAAAGACGCAGGCUACUGAACUGCGACCACUAUUUGAGAAAUACGGUACCGUUGUGGAAUGUGAUGUCGUGAAAAAUUAUGGCUUUGUUCAUAUGGAAACGGAACAGCAGGGACGCGACGCUAUCCAAAAUUUGAACUCGUAUAUUUUGAACGACAAUGCUAUAAAAGUGGAAGCGGCGAAAAGCCGUCGCGCUCCUAAUACGCCAACAACGAAAAUCUUCGUGGGAAAUUUAACGGAUAAAACGCGAGCACCCGAAGUGCGCGAAUUAUUUCAAAAGUAUGGAACCGUCGUCGAGUGUGACAUCGUUCGUAACUACGGUUUCGUUCACUUGGAUUGCAUCGGUGACGUGCAAGAUGUCAUCAAGGAGUUGAAUGGUCGCGUCGUCGACGGUCAGCCACUUAAAGUUCAAGUUUCUACUAGCCGUGUACGCCCUAAGCCUGGCAUGGGUGAUCCGGAGCAGUGCUAUCGUUGCGGUCGUUCCGGCCAUUGGUCUAAAGAAUGUCCACGAUUAUACGGCGGUGAUCGCGGUUUAAGUGCCGGUGGCUAUAGAGACCGAAUGUAUGGUCGUGAUCCGUAUCCUCCACCACCACCACCACCACCAUUCUUACGUGACAGGAUCAUGGAUGGCUUUAGGGAUUAUGAUUACUAUGAUCGUAGGUUUGAAGAUACUCGCGAUUUAUUCGAGAGACGUUACCAAAGCUCCAGAAUGCGUGAUUUCCCUCCUCCACCCCUAUCUCGUCGGGAACCUAUGCCUCUACCCCCGCCACUUAGUGGCAGCAUAAGAGGUAGCAGUUUGUCCCGUGGUUACGACUCAAUGUUUAGUCGUCGGUCUCCACCACCUCGAAGCAGCAAUGGGCUUAGUCGCUAUGGCUAUGAAGAUUUCAGUCGGGAUUCAUUCGAUGAUAGAAUGAUUUCCUCAAGAGGAAUGCGCGGACCAUCGCCGCCUGGUCGCCGCUAUGCACCGUACUGAGAUGAACUUUAUUUCGGCCACAUGACUUAUAUGAGCGGCAGUUUGUGUGAAGGAUAAAUGCUUACAGUUCACAGUCAAAUGACAAUUAAUUUUUAGAUGUACUAUUAUUAUUAAUCAUUUAUUUAAUUUUUUCAAUAUUUAAAUCAAUUUACUGAUUUUCAAAAGAAAAAACAAUAAUUGUAUACAUUUACAAUUUAAAAAAACAAAAUUAUGUUACUAGUUUUCUGAUUGUUUGCAUUGUAAACAACUUGCAACGCAUUAAAUACAUGGAGCUAAAACUCAAUAGUAGUAAUUGAUAAAAUAACACCAACAAUUCUAAAAAUAUAGUACCAUUUCUGACUACAUCAAUAAAGACACUAAAAUUUCCAGUCAA